AUGAAUGGCCAUGUUCAUAGCGGCAAUGAUGCCAUCAGUCGCAUACACGGAGGAAAUGCUCGUGGAAAUGGUGAUGAGGACAGAGAGAAGGUAAAUGGCCUAGCUUUAUUCUUUGAUAUUGUAUUAAGAAAUACCUUAUUCCGUAAGAGAAAUGAACACCUUAUUACUUACAAAAGUGGUGAUAAAGCAAGUCAAAUUGACUUCCUUUUAUAUCGAUGGAGAAAAAUUAGGGAGAUUAAAAACUGCAAAGUAAUACCUGGAGAUCAUGUGACUGGGCAGUACUGCUUGGUUGUCAUUGAUCUCAGCAUAGCCAUCUCGCAAAAGCAGAAAAGGAAAACUACAACUCGGAGAAGGAUAAAUUGGUUUAAAGUAAAGGAAAAUUAUUUCCAACAAGAGUUCAAAGACCGAAUUCUAAGAGAGCUGAAACACGAUAUGGUAGAUGUGAACACCUGGUGUAAUGAUGCAAAUAGUAUUAUAUUAAGAUCUGGAAAAGAAAUACUGGGUGACAGUAGAAGAAAGAAAAAGCUUAUGACCAAGUACUACACCAAGAAGCCUGGAGAGGGUUAUGAGAGCGAGGAGUACAAGAAAAAUAUGUAA